CAUGUCAAAGCAAUGUCAGACAACAACAACAUCAACAAAACGUGAACAACAACAACAAUAAACAAACAGCUUUCUUUACUUUCCACCUCUUUCUCCUACUCCUACACCCUUUCCUCAUUACUAGGAAUUACAUAUAAGUUGAUCGGCGAAGAGAGGACACAUGACAUUCUGGUGCAACGUUCAGAGGAGACAUCCAGAAGAGACAUCCACUGACCAAUAGUUCCGCCUUGACAAAAAGCUAAGUUUCCGGUCACCGUAGGACAUUUCCCAGCCUCCACCACUAAGGUGAAUUUGUAUUUGUAUAAACAAUGGAUUCCAACGCAUCUACCAGUGUAUUCAACGCAGGAGACCGAGUAUCUCUAUCUGAAGACAUAAAUACUGUAAAGUUGUUACAAGAAGGACAUGGCGGAUGGACUCCUUUUAUGGUAAACUUUAUAGGUCAAGUUGGCAUAGUUCAAGGACUUAAUAAUGUCGACGAUGUGAUUGUGAAAUUUGAAGAACUUGGUAACAAAUUAUGGCGCUUUAAUCCAAAAGCUCUCACAAAGAUCGACAAAUUUAACGUUGGAGAUGCAGUUAGGAUACUUGAUGAUACCGAAAAAGUUAAAAGAUAUCAGGUUAAUCAUGGUGGAUGGACUUCUGUUAUGACAUCGGUAUUAGGCAAAAUUGGUACCAUAAAAAUUGCAUUCCCAGACGGUGAUUUGCUUGUGUCGGUGUCUGGUAAAAUAUUUUUAUUCAACCCUCUGUGCUGCACAAAAGUACCCCAAAGUAUGAAAGUUGGGGAAGAAGAUGAUGCUACAUCAUCAAUGAUGGAGAUGAUGGAACAGUUUUUUAAUGCGACACCUGACUUCAGAAGCUUGUUACAAUCCCUGCACGGAAUCGUGGAUGGUUCUGAAGGACAAGAUGAUCAAUUUCUCGUUGGUCAUACAGUGAAGAUAAUUGAAGACAUUCAAGAAGUUAAAAAGUUACAGGAAGGACAUGGCGGAUGGAAUGAUGAUAUGGUAUCGAUAUUAGGAAAAACCGCUAAGGUAAAGCUAGUGUUACCCAACGGUGCUUUGCUUGUGUCGGUGUCUGAUAAAAUGUGUUCCCUCAACCCGAAGUGCUGUAGAAAGGUAUCGCAUAGUGUGGACGAUGAUGAUAGCGACUCUGAAUCAAUGGAUGACAUGCUACAAAAGCUCUUUAAUAUGAGAUUUGGUGCCACAGUUCUAGAUGGUUUCGUAAAGGAUGCUGCUAAAGGCCAUACACGAAAUGUUCGAGAAUUUAUCAAAAGUCAUCGAGAUGAAGUUGAUAAAAAAUGUUCUGGUAAAACAGCCUUACAAGUUGCUAGUUUUAAAGGCCACAAAGACAUCGUAUUGAUGCUUUUGGAGGCCGGAGCUAACAUAGAACUACAAGAUGACGACGGGGAUACGGCAUUGCAUUUCUCUGCGUUUGGUGAACAAACAGAAAUAAUGGAACUGCUUCUGUCAAAGGGAGCCAAAAUUGACGCCUUAAACAAGAAGAAGCAAAGUGCACUUCACAUAGCAGUGAACAAAGAGUCUAUCAAGUGCGUCCGGAUGUUAGUUAAGCAUUCAGCUCCGAUUAAUAUUCAGGAUUCCUUAGGGGACACUGCUUUACAUGACGCUAUCCGCAAAGAGAACGAGGAAAUCAUUGAUAUGCUAAUCAAUGACUCAAGAAUUGAUUUCACGAUACGUAACAAGCGCGGUUUCAAUACAUUACACCAUGCAGCAAUCAAGGGAAAUAAUUUUGCAAUUGAAAGUAUUCUUCGAAAAUGCCAACACAUUGUUAAUGAUAAGAAAGAUGAUGGUUUUACUGCAUUACAUCUUGCUGCUUUGAAUGGGCACCGAGAAGUUGCUGACACACUCCUUUCAUUGGGCCGUGCAGAGAUAGACAUUAAAAACAAUAGUGGUCAGACGCCGUUGUUUCUGGCUGCGACGCAGGGACAUAUAGGUUUAAUUGAAUUAUUGAUAUCAAAAGGAGCUAAAGUCAAUGCCGAAGAUGAAGAUGGAAAUAUCUGCUUACAUUUGGCGGUCUCAAAGCAAAAUGUCAGCAUUAGUAAAGAAGAUUUAAAGAUAAUAGAAAACAUUAAACUUCAGCUUGGAUUAGACGAAAGUGAACGCGCUGAGGUGGUCAUAGCCUGUUAUUUAGUACAUAAAGGUGCAAACCCCUAUUAUAAAAACCGUCAAGAUGUUAUGCCUUUGGACAUCAUAAGCGAUCAAACAUUGAUAGAGAUGCUGGUGAAAGUCGCCUCUUUAUCAACGGAACAACCAAGUGGAGCACAAAUUGAAGAACCAAAAAGUAAUAAUAGAAAGUGUAUGCUGUGUUCUGUUAAACAGGCCACUGUAUUGUUCCAGCCUUGCUGUCACGUAUUGAUCUGUGAAGUCUGCAACGAAAGAGUUCCAGUUCAACAUUGCUUGCAGUGUAAAGUGCUUAUAGCCGACAAAAUUGCUAUUUAUGAUCCUCAGAAAAAAAGAAUUGAAGAGUUGGAAGAAAAGGUUACAUGUCCGAUUUGCAUGGACCGCCCUCGUAAUAUGGCGUUUGAAUGUGGUCACACCGUUUGCAAAGAGUGCGGAGAGAGUUUGAAGGAGUGCCACAUGUGCUGCAAACCAAUUCAGAACAAGUUCAAUCUGUACUACUAGUUUGACAUGCUUAACUUUCACGAGGGGAAGACAGUGAAGUUUUAAAUCUAAUUUGCUUGUCCAUUUAUAUAAAAUUACCAAGUUACUAAUAUUACCUGAAUAUUCAUUUUUAGAUAAAUAGAUUUCUAAUAUAUAUCAUAAAAGAACUUUCUGAAGA